CUAGGAGGUACACUUCUGCGAUCUACAGGAGUAACAGGCAAUCACAAGUGCGAAUAAAUGGAUAAUGAAAUGUAGGAUAUGUGAUUAAAUCAAAAAGUGUUAGGAUAAAGAAAGAAAACGUACAAUUCGCUAGAUGUAUAAGUCUUGCGAGCAUGAACAACAGAUGUCACAGAAAAUAAACUUCAAUGAUUCUUCACGCAUGUCAAAAGUAACCUUACCUGUAAAUGUCACCAUAGAAACCUCUGUACAAUUAUCGAGCAUUAAUAGAAACAGAUAAAGUUGAUAAUAAGGAUAAAAUAAACCGUUACAGACGUCAAUAGUCACUGUGCAACCAAUAUCAUCAUUAAUUUGCAGUACGCCUUUUUCAGAAAAUCAAAUAUAUAUAAUGACGCACUCUGGUAUCUUGUUUAAGACAGGAAUAAUGUUUUCUAUAUGCUGUUCUUUUCAAGGAGGAAGUUAUAAACUUUCAUUGUGGAAGGAUUAAUGGUAUGAAAUUUAACUAGGAAAUUGAAACCAUAGAAAUGAGAAUAUGGACGCGAGAAUUUUUAACUAUUAUUCAAUGAGUUGACGGAAUGUGAAGUGAAAUUCCAAUCAAGAAUGGAUUUCAGAAUGAAUACGGUUUAAGAACACAGAAUUUCCAUUAAUCAGUGUCCAGGAGAAAAUGGAAGCUCGUGAAUGUCAAUUAAUCGUAUACGUUAAGGGGUUUAUCUGUAAAUACAAUGGACAUUAUUUGUGAACGGUUUUCGAAGCCUUAUUUUGAAACAAGGUGCAGAAACGCCACGAUGAAUUCGACGGUUAACGUCACGCCAUACAAGAGUGAGAAUUUAGAGUAUUUCAGUAUUACGUACAGCAACUGGCAUGGCUAUAUCAGCUUAAUAACCUGCGCCAUAGGAAUACCUCUCAACAUUAUCAACAUCAUUGUACUUACGAGGAAAAAUAUGCAAACGCCUAUCAAUUGUAUAUUAACUUGGCUUGCAGUUGCAGACACAGCUACAAUGAUUUCAUACGUUCCGUUUUCGUAUCAUUUUUACUGCAGGUUUUCAGCGUUCACAAUUUCUUCUGAGAAGAACAGUUGGGUAUGGAUGCAUUUUCUUCUGAUAUACUUGAACUUCUCCAGUACUGCUCACACAAUCGCUAUUUGGCUUGCAGUUGCCUUAGCAAUUAUGCGUCACCACCAUCUCCAUUCCCCAGCGAAAGGAAGCAUAACGCGCAUGCGUCGCUUAAUACGAGCCAGGCUGGUUGUAUGUGUAGUUGUUUGCACAUCUGUGAUAUUGCUGAUUCCAAACUAUUUGAGUCACAAUCUGGAAGAAGUCCGAUUCCGUGACAAUACUACUGGAUAUGUGUUCGAAGACUGGGAAAUAAAUUCAGGACAUGCAAAACCCAUCAGACUUGUGUCUCUAAUAGUCUACGGCUCACUAGCAAAGAUUUUGCCUUGCGCUUUGAUUAUUAUAUUUGGGUCCCUACUGCUCCGAACGCUGAAUAAAACAAUGCAAAAUCGCCGACAUUUGUCUGAAAACGGCGUUACCAUAAGUGCCCGUAGACAUGCUGACCCGUCAAGGACGACUAGCAUGUUACUCGUGGUGAUUGUUCUUUUCCUAAUCACGGAAUUACCGCAAGGAAUUUUGAUAAUGUGCUGUAUAUUUUUGCAAAACUUUUUUGAGAAUAUCUACAUUCCACUUGGUGAUGUGAUGGAUAUGCUAGCUCUACUCAAUAACAGUAUUAACUUUGUUUUGUAUUGUACAAUGAGUCAGGAGUUUAGAAGUACGUUUAUUGCCUUAUUUUGCUCAUUUUCAUGUACACAUGAAAGACGGAAGCCGUACAUUUCUUCGCAUUACAAUGGUGACCACUUGCUUGUUACGCUCAACAGUGUAGAACAUACAGGAUGAGAACGUUUUGCCAGCAUAUACAUUUGCGGUCCUUAAUUUGAUACUUUAAAAUGACAUGUCCCCAGAUAAACCUAAUUCUAUAAUUAAACACCCAUUAUUGGAAUUGAAAAUUCAAGUCCUUUCGGCACUUUGUGAUUUGAAUUACAUACUGCAAUAUCAUUUUAAUUUCACAUUCAUUUUUUGAUUAUUUUACCUUUUUGCAAUUCAAGAUGUACAUUUAACUGCGAAUCGGUUGGUUUCUGAUAAAGAUGUACUGUAUAGGCCUUUUAUGCUUUAAAAUUUAAAUUUUGAGUCUCUAUUGCGCUUUGUAACUUAAAAUGAUAACUAAAAUAUGUUGCAGUUCUAAUUUCAAACUGACUUUGUAUUCGAAAUUCAAGACAUAUACUUUCAGAAAGCCCGACCUCUUUGCUCGCUCAACAGGGACAGCACAUAUCUAUGGAUAUCGCCGUCUUGUCUUCGAUCCCCGGGCGCGGUCUUCGUAUGACAAUAAGGCAUUGUGUCUCAAAUGAUUUGAUAUCCACCUUUGAUUCGUGUGGAAAUGUUAGCAGUUACUUACAGAGAACAGUUUUGUAUAUGUAAUUUGAAUUACAAACUGCGAAACAUUUUACAUUUCGCAUCGCGCGAUUCGAAUUGCAAUGUGCGUGACACUGUCGGCUUUACCAUCGUUCGGAGACUGAUUAACGACUUGGUGUAUAUCUUAGAUUUUAAAAUAUAAAAAAAAACACAGUUUGCAAUUAGAACUGUAAAAUGCAAUUCAAAUUACAAAGCGCAAUAAAGACUAAAAUAUUCAAAUAUUAAGCCUGAACUGCCCUGUAUAAUAACAUCUUUCUCAGAAAGCGAAUAUCGAACCAAUAUAUGUCUUAACAUGCAAAGCAAAACCGCAUUUUGUAAUUUCAGUCGCGCAAUGCAAAAUGAAACAUAGUACCCCAGUGCAAAUGAAUUUUAAAAGAGAUACAUCAUUGAAAUUAGAAAAGUCUUUUAAAGCGUGUUAAACCAAUCCUAGAAUAAUGUUUGUGGUAUGUAAUCAUUUUGCGUCGAUUCGCCGCAAAGUCAUUCCUUGUAGAUAUUCUUGAAAGACAGAAACACAGUGAAUAAAUUCUAGAAAUUGAUUUCUUAGUCGUUGAAAUAAGAAAGAAUAGAUUUACAUAUGUGGACCUUCUGACUGCUGUGUUUAUACCAAUAACUGAAAUUCUGAUGUUCAUUCUAUACCUGCGUUCACAAAGAUUUGAUUUAAUCAUAUUUUAUUACUCUAUGAUAUGAAGUUGUUACAAUAACAAUUCCAACAUACAUAAUCAAAGCACAAAAGGGCUCCCAAAGAAUGGCACCUCUCGCCAUAGGCAAGCAUUUACCAAAAUAGAUAUGUCUUACACUUACACAAUACAGUAUUUCAUAAUUUUAUUGUUACAAUAUAUUCAUAUGUGUAUGACUUUGAACAAUCCGAUAAUAAACUGAAAUAUUACUCAAUAUUAACACUUACCAUGCUGGACACGAUUGACUCUGCCUUUGCGACUUGUGUAGAUUAUAAGAUUCUUUCACUUGUUGUAUUUGCAGAUGGGAAUAUACGGCCUCGAGGGUAACUGUUUAGUGGUAACGAGGUUCUGCCGAGUUACCACGUAAAGAGAGCCAUGUUUCAAUCUGCACCUACAGCCGCCAGUGAUAGAUUUUUUUUCUUGUAUACCACAUUCAAGAAAUGAUAAUAAAAAUAAAAAAGACUUUCUAUUUAGAACUUUUCUUAUGGCAGUACAUUUAAACAAAGCGCAGGGUAUUAACGCUAUUCAGCCAGUAUCUCUUUGGAAAGCACCCCUUUUAUAAGUUAAUGGUACUGGCCAAAUUUGACGAUGGACAAGGUCAUUAUAGAAAUUUAGCAGGGUAAGGGUUAAAAUGAAUGUUACAUACAGACUUAGUCUACAUUUUUACUUGAAAUAAUGUCACAUUUUUGAAUUUGUGUUGUAAUAUAUGACAUGUAGGAUUAAUAAAGAUGUGAUUAUAUUGAUCUGUAAUAUAUUCCGAUAUCAAUUCCGUUGACAUACGGCUGGUAUUUCACAAGGAAAUAUUAACAGACAGAAAUAAAAUCCGUACAGUACCUUUUAUUGUGUAUACUGCCGGACUAUUUUCAUUUAAUAUGUAUGACCAGACAGUUCUAUAAAUAGCGCACACAAAAACUUCACUCAUUUCUAGUUGAACAUCGACAGACAAUGAAGAUUUUGUUCGAUAACAAAACAACAAGCAAAAAGAUGGAGGUAUAUAAUAAAAGGGUCAUUAUAACAGUAUGUAGAUGUGAGAUUUUGUAUUCGGUUCCCGUGGAUUUUGCAAGAUCGGAUCACACUCGGCGCUUGCGCCCCUCGUGGGAUCCAAUCUGGCAAAAAUGUACUCGAACGGAACACAGCCUCCCAAAUCAAACUAUUAUCAUUAUAACCUUAUUGUAUUACCAAUGCCUAAUAAGUGUUAUAAGUUUUAGUGGACAUUUCAAAGUGCGCAGUAAUACACAUUUGCAAAUUCCGAUAUCGGAUCCAAAUCUGACUUCAAGUAUGUUAAAGGGACUUUCUCAAACUAUUUGGUUAUAUAAAAUUGACGAAGUACAAAGAUUUUGGCUUUCAGCUGAUAUUGGUUAUUGAAUUGAUAUUAACUAAACCGAUUACGAGAUGGUUAAGUUGUCAUCAGAACAAAUAAAAACAUAGAAAUUUA